CGUUUCGCUAAUUUUCCGAAUUUAAACUCUAGCGUAGUGGGCGUUUCCGGUUUUCUAAAGCAGACUAAAAAAUUAAAGAAAUUUGUGUGAACUCUUUUGAUAUAAGUAGAAAUGAGAUUUAGAUUUUGUGGAGAUUUGGAUUGUCCAGAUUGGGCUUUAGCUGAGAUAGCCACCUUAGCUAAAAUGACAUCUGUGAAGAUGAAGUUAUUGUGUGUUCAAGUUUUGAAAGAUCUCCUUGGAAAUGUAAUAGAUUAUGAUAAAGUUUAUAAGCUGACCUCAGAUGCUAAAUUUGAAAGUGGUGAUGUAAAAGCUAGUAUAGCAGUAUUAUCAUUUAUAUUAACUAGUGCUGCAAAAUAUAAUGUUGAUGGUGAAACACUAUCUAAUGAACUACAACAACUUGGUUUACCUAAAGAACAUUCCACAUCUUUAUGUAAAUCUUAUGGUGAUGCUUUAGAAAAAUUAAAAGAAUGUUUACGUCAACAGAGCUUAAAGCUAUCAAGUCUAGACAGUGUACAAUGGAGAGUUGAUUAUAUUUUAAGCUCUAGUGAAUUAAAGGAUGUGAGUGAGCCAUGUGUACAGGUGAAAUUAUCAAUCAAAAAUCCGGAUACCAACCAAUCAAAACCAGUUUCUUUUACAGUAUCAGCAGAUAAAUUCAGAGUUUUAUUAAAUGAAUUAAAACAAGCAAAUUCCAUGAUGGAAAACCUGUCUACAUAGACACACAAAACUAAUAUCCUUGUAUUGUUGACCAGAGAAGGGAUAUCAGAGGCAGUAUAUUGCAAUUAUAGAACAACCUAAAGAAUAUUUUAAACACAUUUUCAGUGGACAAUAUUGCUCCAAAAAUCAUGUACAUACUAAAAUGUAACAAUUAUAUAUAUUAUAUUUAUUUUUAUAAACAAAGUGUUCAGCUUAUUUAUAUGAUUUUGUGAUAAAACACAAAUGAAGUAGCUUUACUUACUGGAAACCAAACAAGUCCCCUCCACCCAAUACACUCACCCUGUAGCAAUCAUGAUCAGAAAAUUCCACAGUGCAAGGUUUUAAUAAUAAACACCUAUCAAAGUGUGAACAGAAUGAUUAGUUCGCAAAAUACAUUUGAAAUAUAUGGUGCAAAACUUUAAAAACUGGAAAGAGUUCUUCCAUACACCUCACUGAAAUUUCUGACAUAGUUUUUCCCCUUAUCAAUUUUGCAGGAAGGAGGACCUGACAAGGACAGCAAUCUAGUCAUUCAGAUGGGACGAAAAUCAGUGCCCCAUGUAUAAAUUGGCAUGCACGUAAAAGAUCCCUUGGCAGUUGAAAUUCGAUAUAAGAAUAGGUCAUUGUGCCGCUGUCCGGGCCUUGAACAUAAGCACUAACCCAGCAUCAGAGACAAUUUUUUAUCUAUUUGAUUCCCUGAUGCCAUGUGGCACCUAGGAACAGCGAAUAUAAACCUUUGAUUUUCUAUUGUAUUUGUUGUUUAUUUUCUUAUUUGAUUUGUUUCAAUUGGAUUUAAUAAUGGAAUAUGAAAUACACAAAACACAAUUCUAUUGACAACAAGACUACAGAUAAUUAAGGGGAACGACAAUAAACCUACAUUAAAAUAUGUAUGCAUAUAACAGUAACUUAAGGCAACACAAAUAAAAUAACUUGUUUCUCGGGCACCGCCCGCACGCAAAAUUGGUUGCGCGUGCAGUCUAUUUAUUAGUCUUGAUGAAAAAAAAUAAAUAUGUAACGCCCACCCGCACAUCGACAAGCAAGUCGUAAAAAAAAUAUCCCGCAUGUACCUACAUCCGCCAUACAUGUAUAUCUAUUCAAAUGUAUUAAAACUGAUUCAGAUGAACAUGCUGUCUUUUUUAUCCGAACAAUGGCGAAGUUUGGCAGAUUUGCCUUUUUUAUUGAUAUCGAAAGAACCUCCAUUUUGUAUCACGUGAUAUUAAUUACCUCCCCUGAUAAACUAGAAUUUGAUUCGUGUUAAAAGUCAUUGGCGACAAUAUUUCAAUCAUUCGAUCGUAAUCGGCCCAUUAUUGCCGGCUUCAGUCGGUCCUUGUUUGGAAAAUCCUAUUGAUAAAAUAAUGAACCGUAGAACAGGUUAAUUAAUUAUAGCUAAGAAUACGAUACGAUGACGAUAGUCGUCAUAAUGCAUACCUUAGAAUCUGGGUCAUUAUUAGCACAUUUACGGUAGUUUCGAUAAUCCGGAAAAUAAUAAUUGGAUUACCGAUUUGAUGGUUUUACUGACCAGUUGUUAGUUAGAUUUAAAUAGUGAUUCAAUAUAAACACCGAAUAGAACACCGAAUAUCCUGAGAAACACACCGAAUAUCCCAAGAAACAGUAUUUCCGGCAAUCUCAAAACCGAUGACACGGUGUGACAUGCAUUGGUUGGAAUUCGGUAAAUAAUUAUAAAUAAACCGGCGAUACUAGAUUUAGUUUUAAAUACUGUUUACCAUGAUUAUUAUUUUUGAUACACCUGGUGAAAGAGGCUUAGUUUUUAAAAAUAUUGUUGUCUUUAUGGAGGGCUAUUACAUAGUCGUAUGGAAUUUUAUUUUAAACCAAUUUCAAUUAUGUGAAUUAAAUAUGGAAAAUUAUUUUCCUUUCAGUCAGUGUUCAGUCUCAGUGUUUUAGUAGACUUGAUUUUGGGUUUAUGUUUUAAGUAUGUACAAUAAAGUUGAAUAUAACGGAAAGCAAAAACGUAAACAAGUAAUGACUUUCUCAUUUAAAAAAAAAAAAAAAGAAAGACCGCCCUCCCGCCCCAACAA